GUCGACGUCUUCACUGUUUUGACUGUUCUGACAACGUCAAAAUUUUGUUCAUUUUCUUUUCCGUGAAAUAUGGCUUCAGGUAAAAAAGGGAAGAAAACUAAAGGGAAGACCCUUGCAUUGACUGAUUUCUUGCAAGAAACAACAGGAAGCUUACCGACACAACCAAUUAGGAAAUCUACUACAAGCUGGGCUGACGAAAUUGAUGAUUAUGAUGGAUUCGACGAGAAAAUUAUCAAUGUGGUGUUGCCGACUGCGCCCAAGGCUUCCAGAGACUAUGACGAUAUCGCCGACAAAGUGCCGAAAGAUCCGCCGUUUAUUGCGUACCUAUCAAACUUGCCUUACGACAUAGAUGAAGAAGAGAUAUCAUUGUUUUUUAAAAAUAUGAGGAUAGCUAAUAUGAGAAUUCCAAAAAGUGAUCGGCUUGGGGACACUCCCAAGCUUAAGGGUUAUGGAUAUGUUGAGUUUGAAGAUAGGGAGAGCCUGAUGAGUGCACUAAUUAUUCCAGAUACAACGUUAAAGAAUCGGCGGAUAAGAAUAGAGAUAGCGGAAAACGCGGAAAAUGACAGACGUAGAGGUGGGCGAAUGGGGAUCAGCGAUCGUAUGGGAAGUGCAGACACCGGCGGCGAUUGGCGGUCAAGCAACAGACCUGAGCCCAGCGGCGACGACCGAAGGGGUGGUUUUACAAGAGACAAUAUGAGAAAUGGUAGCAGGGAUUAUGGUGGUUUUAAAGAACGCGAAGGCGGAUUCUCAAGGGAAAGAGACAGCGUCAUCACUAGAAACAGAGACCAACCGCAACAGGAGGAACGGUUCGGCGGCGGCAGCGGUGGCUCGUGGCGUGACGCCAGAGCGGACAGGGACGGCGACAGCCGGGGCUUCUCGAGGCCCAACUUCCGGGAGGACAGAGAGGAGAGGAGGGACGGAGACAACCGCGGUUUUUCCAGGUCGAACUUUAGAGAAGACAGAGAGGAGAAACGGGGGAGCGGCUUCAGGCGGUUCGACGACAGAGACCGGGACGACCGGAACGGUUAUAAUAGGAAUAGGGGCGAUAGAGGGGACAGGGGGGAGGACAGGAACCAGGAACAGAGUGAUGCCUCCGACUCUGGCAGAUCCGCGUCGACGGCGGUGCGGCCGAAGCUGCAGCUGGCCCCCCGCACCAAGCCGCUGGAGCAGCAGGCGGCCGGAUCAGCCUCCAUAUUCGGCAGCGCCAAACCUGUGGACACGUCGGAAAGGGACAGGCAGAUCGAGGAAAAGCUGUUGCGCGUGCAGGAGGAACGGCUGAGAGAUAAAGGCUCGGAGGAGAGCGGGGAGAGGAGGCCGUUCGAUCGUAGCCGGCCUUUGAUCCGAAGAAAUGAUGUAGACAAAGAAGCAGUUAAAGAACGCGACGUUACGCCAGAGGAAAAAAGCGGCGAUGACAAUCGCAGUGGAGCGAACUCCAGAAGCGAACACAGAUCUCCAGACGACAAACAGAAGGUCGAAAAGGUGGACAGACCAAAACGUGAUGAAAAAAGGGACCGACCGGAGAAAGAGAUGCCCAAAAUGCAAGAGCCCGAGCCCCCAAAUUUCCAGGCGAGCAACAAGUUCGCCGUUCUACCCGACGACGAAGGUUUCUAGCGAUUUCUAUCCUGUAUUAUUGUAUCGUUUGUACCAUAAUAUAUGUAUAUCAAAAACUUAAAAAAAUUGAUGAAUCAGCUGAAUCAGAGUUAAUAAGAGUAAGCAAAUAAAGAAAUCGCUCUCCACACCCACUUUACAUAUUUAUUAAUUUAGAAUAUUAUAUUAUUUGUUUAAAUCAAAUAAAAACUUUGUGUAUACUUCUUUUUUGUUAAACUUUUAAUAUUUGUAAUUGUUUAAAAGUACAUAUUUAUUUCGGUA